CUCCCUCCUCCGUCCCCGCACUGCCCGCCGCCCGGCUCCGCAGCCCGGCAUGCCCCAGCCGCUGCCCCCCACGCAGCUGUACGCGGCGGAGCGGGCGGCGGUGCUGACCUCGUGCGUGCUGUCAUCGCUGGGCUCCGGGCUCCUGGUGGGCACCCACGCUCUGUGGCCGGAGCUGCGGACCCGUCCCCGGGAGCUCCUGCUCUACCUCUCCUUGGCCGACCUCCUCUCCGCCCUCUCUUAUUUCUACGGGGUGCUGCAGGACUUCGACAGGACGUCGUGGGACUGCGUGCUGCAGGGCGCCCUGUCCACCUUCUCCAACACCAGCUCCUUCUUCUGGACCAUGGCCGUUGCCCUCUACCUCUAUGUCACCAUUGUGAGGGGCUCGCCCACGGGCGCGGGCUUGCUCUACUGCUUCCACAUCGUGAGCUGGGGAGUCCCCCUUGCCAUUACAAUUGCAGCUGUGGCUCUGAAGAAGAUUGGCUACGAUGCCUCCAAUGUUUCUGUGGGCUGGUGUUGGGUCAACUUGGAUGCAGAGGAUCGAGUGCUGUGGAUGCUGCUGACGGGGAAAGUUUGGGAGAUACUGGCCUAUGUGACUUUGCCUGUGCUCUAUAUCCUCAUCAAAAGGCACAUCAAUAGGGCGCAUGCAGCUCUCUUAGAGUAUCGUCCCAUUCUCUCAAGUGCACCUGCUCUUCAGCCAUGGACUUCCACAGCAGACAAGAAGUUGAUUCUCAUCCCUGUCAUCUUCAUCAUCCUCCGCAUCUGGAGCACCGUGCGCUUCAUUCUGACACUCUGCAACUCCCCUGCAGUGCAAAAUUCAAUCCUGGUUGUCCUACAUGGAAUUGGAAACACGUUUCAAGGAGGUGCCAACUGUAUUAUGUUUGUCCUCUGCACGCGUGUGGUCCGGGCUCGGCUGCUGUCCUCCAUUUGCUGUUGUCACCAUGAUGAUGUGGGUUGGCCUUGGCGAAGCUCAAGCAGCAGCCGGCAGCACCCAGACCCUGCUGAGAGCGAGGACGUGCCGGACCCUGAGCAGACAAAGCCCCUGCUGCCCAGCACCUGAACCUCACCUGCCUGUGUCUUGACACUGAUUGCAUCUUUCUGGGUGUGGGAUCAUCCCCGAGCCCCACAGGGGGAGCUAAAGCCUGGGGAAAAGCACUGCUGGAGCAGCCGAGUACAGCGAAGAUGUUCCACUCCUGUGGGUUCAGAUCCCUGCUGCUGCAGUCUUGGACUUUGCUCAGGAUCCUCUGGAAGAUACUGUGUGGCUCACUCCAGUUUUCUUGUUUUCUUCCCUCCUCUCGUUCCACCUUAAAUUGUUUGGAGUUUGGCUUUUCAGUCUGACAGGGCAAAUGUGUUGUGAGUUGUGGGGUGAACAAAUGUGGGUGUAGGGAUACUUUAGUUGCUGCUGAAUAGGACUGCCCUGCUGUGGCUUCCAGUCCUCAUGUGUGAGCUCUGCUGGGGAGCUCAGGCCUGGCUCACACUCUUCACUUGAACACAGACAACAGUGUGCAGACAUCGGUUUAGUGGUGGAGAUGGAUGGUUCCUCUUCAUGCUUUAUUCCUCCUCUCAGUGCUCACGGGUUGUUUCCAGGGUUUGUGGUGGCUGCAUGCUUACUGCCUGCUGGGGAUGUCUGAACUCUGGGGGCAUCUGGGUGUCUUCUUACAACAGGGAGGGUGCAUCUGCUGUGCUCUGUUGUUGGCAUGUGGGUGCUGGAUCAGAGCUGGGAAAUGUCAGUUUGUUGUUUGCUGUUUGGAGGUGCUGUUUGAACCUAUUGACAACUCCUUGCUUUUGAUUUUUUUUUUUUUUUUUUAAGUAUUUUCUCCAACUUCUCCAGAAUAAAGUUUUGUUUCUGUACCGAGGUGUUGUUCAAGCGUGUUGUGGGUGGGCCUCUCAGUGCCACGAAGAUCCAAAAUCUUUCUUCAGGUUUCUUGUGUGUCCCUUAAAGGUUGUGGAGGACGAAUCUCUUGUGUCUGUGCAGACAAAUGUCUCUUCAUAUCUCUUUUGUGUGCAUAGCAUACAAAGCCUUCCCAAGCUUUUAUCAAUUUGAGCAACCUGUUCACCAUUCUCCAUUAUGUUUGAUUCCCACUGGCCGAUUGCUGUGAACUGUGAUAAGAUCCAAGUGUGUGGGCCUUGCUUUCCGUACAUGCUGUUGACCUUAUGGGCUGUGACUCUUCAGCUAUGCGAGAUUACAAACAUUAUCUAAUCGUGAAAAUACAAAUUGAAUUUCCUCCAUCUGAGGCCAUGCUGUAAAGUGUGUGGGACUAACGCUGGUGAGAGCUGGAGCUUUCCCAGGCUUUGUCCAAAUAGAGAAAGUUCAGAUUUUUAUGGGGAAAAAAAAAAAAGGGGGCAGGCUGUCAGCUGAGCAAUGCUGUGUAAGUUGUAUGCACUCCAAGCAGUGACAGAGCUUUUCUUGGCUGAAACCUUCAUCCAUCUCACAGGACUGGGAGGAGCUGAGCCCCAGUGCAAGCAGUGGUGCAGCUCUAUGGCUAUUUUUACAACCGAUUGAGCAACUGUGUCUGUUUCUAGGGUUGCACAAUGCUUCCCAUCUGAGAUAUUUGCUUCUCUGUGGCUUAGGAUUGUACCCCAAAUUGAUCCAGAAAUGUUCUCUGCUGCAGGGCCAGCGAGGAAAUGAGUCCAGAUGCUGCAGAGAGCAAGCAGAGGGAAGGAAGCUUGUUUGUUCUGCAGUGUUAGAAGUGAUAGGCAGCUCCUUGCAGUGUUUUGGAUGCUCUGUCAGGGGGGUUUGCUGACAAUGCUCUGCCUUGUGUCUACAAGCCUUUGAAAAAAUGUUAGCUUGCACUUCAAGGGUUGUCUUUUAGUUAAUUUAUCCUAAAUACUGCUGUGGCUUUGCCCCUUGGAGCUUCUCUGCUCAGCUGCUCCAAUGCACAGACCUGGCCUUGGUGUAAGAAUGCAGGCAGGAGCUGCGUGCUGGCUUCCACCAACUCUUCUGGGGGUCUUAGAAGUUCACAGAGUGGCUUUGAAGAUCUCAGGAUGGAAAGAGAUGUAGGUGUGGAGUGUGUUGUCUGCCUGCUACGGACUGGAGGAGUGGAGCCUGGUGAGGAGAAGGAAAAAAAGGGCUGCAGAGAGCAGAGCUCGUUAAACAAAAAGAGCUGGAAGGCAGCCAGGCAAAAGAUGAAGAUGACUUGGGGUGGUUGCAAGGAGAGGAUAAAAACUCUCAUCCAUGCAAACCUGCAAAGAGCCACAGAAUUGGAUGCAGUGGCACGAGGUGGCAAAAGACAAGUCUUGGCUGGCACAACCCUGCUUCUGUCCUGCACAGAAAUGCAAACCCACUGAAGUUCAAGAGGGCACUGUGGGCAUUUGGGCAGUCAGGUGGUUCUGCUGAACGAAGUGCAGGUGGAGCUUUAAUAUCCAAGCAUUCCAACCCUUUCUGAAACAUCUGCUUCAGCAGACAAUCGUGCCAAUGGAGAAAGGACUGGAUGGUUCUCAGAGCAAGUUAUCAGGGCCUAAUGCGGUAAGUUCACAGAUCUGCCUGCCCCUCUGUUGUUGUCUGGGGGAUGUG